GCCUACUGCUACCCUAGAACGGCAAGCAGCUUUGCGAGCUGCUGGCACGAAUGUGCUUCGUAAGUCGCAUAUUAUAUGCUAUUUUCCUUAGAUGAAAGCCGAGUCCCUGGGGGCUGUCUUAUGAGCUCAUCACGUUUUUAUCCUUUGUGUCCUAGGAGCGAAGACGGCCCCGGGGCGCUCAAAUGCUCUUCAAUAUCUGUCGAUGUGCUGUACUAAUCUGCAGGGCAGGAAAUAUGCCUCGAGAAUUUGAAUCAUUACAAAGUGCAAGAAUAUAUCUGGAGUUGAUAACGAGACGACUUGGGGAUCUCUGGCAUAUAUGCAUGGGCCUCUUUUACCCUCCCGAUCAGAAGCCCGUAGAAAGAGAGGCUAAUGACGCCAAUUUCAACGAAGUUUUCAUGAGAAAAGAGACGGCAAUAGCCGAGCUACGGCUAUGGUAUUCCUCUUUCGAACCUAUGAUGAAGAGGGGUCAUAUCUCAGAGACUGUCGGCUCGCUGAUGUUAAAGAUGCAUUUCAAGGUUGUGGUCAUGACGCUGAAAACUGCUUUGCACACCAAAUUCGAAGACACACCCGAGAUGUGGGAUAUCGUCGAUCUGUCAAGGAAGAUUCUCACCCGUGUGCAGAGUGGCUCCACCCCAAAAUUUGCGCUAGAUGUGGGCAUCGUCAUUCCUCUUUACCUUGUUGGAGUGAAGUGCUCGGCCACUUCCCUUCGACGAGAGGUUAUAGAAUUGAUGCUUGCCGACCCCAGGAGAGAGGGGCUUUGGACAGCGUUGUGGCAGGGAGCGUAGUCCAAUGGAUUCUAGACGUAGAAGCGGUAUAUGAAAACCGAGCGAGAGGGUUGAUCCCGAGCUGGGCUAGAGUGAACUCCAUGGGGAUGGUCGUCGAUAUAUGGGACAGAUCGAUGAAAAUGUGGGGUUACCAGCAAACAUCCGAAGAGGAUCGUACUAUGAAGAGACUGGAAACGA